CGGGACUUGAACGAGGAGACCACUGUUCAACCAUUGGGAUAGAGAGACACACGCAGAGACUCCCGUCCUCAUGCUCAAGGAUCAAAGGGGUUGUCCAGGGGCUGCAGUGCCCAAAUGCACCCGUCUCCGUCUGUUCCUGGCUCCGAUCCAAGCAACAAGUCGCUCGAAUAGGAACCGUUCAACCGCUCAGGUGCCGGAUGGGAAGAAGGCAGUGCUGUUUCUGGCCCCAUCCUGCAAUCCCCCAUUUCCCAGCCCAGUCUUCAGUCGUAGCACCAUCCAGAAGUCGUCUUGGAGAACCAAAUCCCUGUUGGCGGAUAGCAUGGCCUUCGAAGAGGCCGGCAUCAAACCCGGCUUCGCUUUGCCUUGCCUGCCAUGCCCUCCGGUGACCUCUCCUCCUUUAGCCUCCAUCCACCCAUCCCAUAUCCACAUCUGCGCCCACCACCGCACCACGGCCAUCCAUCAGCCAGUCCACAGGCCCCCAUGCCUAGUGCGAGUGCUGUCCACAUCCACAUCCAUGGCCAUGCCACGGGUCCGCUGUACCUAGUCCGUGCAGCACGGCCUUGCACUUGCACCUCCUGCCUGGAUCCACCCCGUCUCCGUCCCUCAUCCCCGUUCGGUCCUCUCUCUGCGUCUGUUCAGUCAGUCACUCAGUCUGUCAGUCUCCCACCCCUCCCCUCCAGGCAAGUCGCCUUCUCAGGUGAGGGUGAGGGUGAGGGUGAAGACUAGGAACCUCACACCCAACCAUCCCCAGUGAUAGGAGUCGUCGUUCUUGUAUAUAGACUCUUCCUCUUCCCGCCCAUGUUUACUGUUUCGAUUCUCAUCCUCAUCGAACAUUCUUUCCUACUUUCGUUCUAUCAAACAACAGUCCAUUCGCUUUCUGAGUGUAAAGUCAUUCGCUUCUUUACUCUCAACUUAAUACCAACUUAGUUUUUUGUUUCCUCUACUUUCACUAGAACAAAGUAUCUCUCACUCUCACUUCAAGAAAAGAAUCCUCGUCCAUCAUUCAAAAUGAAGAACAGCGUUGCUCUUCUGGCUCUUGCCGCCGGCGUCAGCCAGGUCACUGCUACCGGCUGGAACAAGUUCCCUUCCUUCACCUGCCCCGAGAACACCGACAACAAGUGUGACGACAAGCAGAAGGAUGGCUUCUCCUGGGGUGACUUGAACACUGGAUCGUUCAGCAACUAUGGCGGCUUCGACUUCAAGGGCUGGACCUGCGGAAGCGAUUUCUCCAAGCGCGAUCUUCUCGCUCCCCGCACCUUCGGCAAGGGCAAGGUCAUUGAGGGCUCUUGCGGAAGCACCAAGGAGACCUCUCCCUCCUUCGGCUGUGGCUCCGGCACCAGCUCCCCCGACAAGUUCUCCAUUGUCCACUUUGACGUCUCCGUCGAGUUCGACUGCGACCUCGAGUUCCACUACGACAUGCCCGAUGGCUCCAGCUGCAAGCACCGCUCUGCCUGCUCCAAGUCUGGAACCACUGUCAAGAACUCCCAGUGCGGUGGUGCCAAGAACGUCACCAUUGUCUACCCUGAGCAGCCCUCCAAGCCCAAGACCACCUGCGGUGUUGGCAUCCACACCAUCAGCUUCGACUGCAGCCCUCCCCAGACCACCGUCCCUCCCAAGACCAAGACCAGCUCUUUCGCCAUCGCCACCACCUUGAGCACCAAGACUCACGACAAGCCCGUCAAGACCACCUCCGAGGCCGAGGCCACCUCCACCGCCGUUGUUCCCUCCGUCUCCAAGCCCACCAAACCCGUUGAGGAGACCACCGAGGCCACCAAGCCUGCCACCACCGGCCCCUCCAAGGAGACCGAGACUGCUCCCGUUCCCAGCAAGGGCGAGACCACCUCCGCUGCCCUCCCCUCCAUCUCCAUCCCCGCGGAUUCGACCACUGCUGUUGUUCCUUCCGUCACCAAGCCCGCCGAGACCCCCAUUGUCUCCAAGCCUACUGAGGAGACCAGCAAGCCUGUCGAGUCUGUCACCAAGCCCGUCGGCGGUGAGACCACCUCGGCUGCCCUCCCCAGCGCCUCCGUUCCUACCGUUCCCGGCAAUGGCACCCAGCCCGCUGAGACCGUCCCCGCGACCGUCCCUGCCACCGUUCCCGCUGUUCCCGAGACCAAGACCACUGUCUACGACACCACCUCCACCGUCUACACCACCCGCGUUGAGACCGUCACUUCUUGCGCUCCUGAGGUCACCAACUGCCCCGCCAAGUCCCACGCCGUUGUCACCGUCACCGUCCCCGUCUCUACCACCAUCUGCCCCGUCACCGAGACCUUCGUCCACACUCCCGGUGUUCCCUCCAAGCCUGCUGCCACCCAGCCCGCCGGUGUUCCUUCCCAGGGUGUCUCCUCCCAGAAGCCUGUCGCCUCGGUCACUGUUCCCGCUGGCCCCGUUGAGACUCUUCCCUGCCCCGAUGUCGUUCCCCAGUGCUUGAGCACCUGGAUGUUCUCUUCCGGCUGCACUGACAACUCUGAUGUCAACUGCUUCUGCCCCGACUCCAAGUUCGUCGAGAACGUCUUCUCUUGCAUCUACUCCUACGGUGCCAGCGACGAGAUCAUCUCCAAGGCUACCCAGUUCUUCCAGGGCAUCUGCGCUGCUCACAUCCCUGAGAACCCUGCCAUCGUCACUGUCCCUGCCACCAUCACCACCGCCAUCACCGUCUCGGCCACCAAGCCCGCUGCCACCAACCCUGCCGAGUACACCACCGUCACCGUUGAUAAGACCAUCGUUGUCCCCUGUGUCACCUCUGGCACCACCGUUCCCGGCUCCUCCACCACCGCCAUCAUCAAGACCACCCUCGAGGUUCCCCACGUCUCCUUCGCCACCAACUCCGCUUCGGUCGUCGUUCCCGUCCCGGCUCCCUCUGCCCCCGCCGGAACCCCCGUUGCCCCCGGUGCGACUGCCUCUUCCCAGGCUCCGGUUGCUCCCUACCCUACCACCCCCGCCGCUGGCGCCAGCAAGACCACUCCUGUCGGCACUGGCGGUGCUGCCGUCCCUACCACCACUGGCGUCGUUGUCGCCGGUGCUGGCAAGACCACCUUCGGCCUCGGUGCCGUUGUUGCCAUUGCUGCCCUCGCUGCCUUCUAAGCUGGGUAACAUGGCUGCUUUCUCCCCUCCCCUCUACUAAGAUGAAACUUACUUGAGCGCGGAGGAGAGAUGCUACCCCCCAAAAUUUCCUUACUGUAUCCAAGUCGCUGCAUGCACACACAAAUCUGUAAUCUACAAGCCCGCAAUUUUACAUAUCAUUCUUACGAUCCUUACGAAACAAACACAUUGCAUAGGUGGUUUUUUAUAGGUCUGGAAACAUUCGGUGUUAAAAAGGACUCUAUAUUCCCACAUUUAUCUCAACCUGGCCGCGAACUUUUAGAGCGCAUCAGAAAAAAAGGGUGUUGGAAGAUUUUUUUUAUACCCCUUGGCUUGUUGGAUUAAUACUUAAUUAGCUAG